AUGGGUUUCAGCCCUGAAACUCCCCACCAGGCGGGGAAGCUCAUAGUUGCACGUGACCGUGCGCUUUCCCCGAUCGGGACUUCUGUUUUGAAGAACGCGCUUCCCAUUCCGCCGAACCACUUCAGACCCCCCCAACAGCUCUUCUUCGCCCUACCAAGACAUACCCAUGCCGACUCAUCCGUAGUCACCGUGGCUGUCUCGCAUCUCAGCCUUACGCCCCCGAGACGCGUUGUUUACAUCAUGGCCGCAGCAGGUGCGAGGGCCCAGAAGCCGGUCGGCUCGGCAGCAUGGAUCGCCGCAGAGAAAGAAAACAUGGCAGAACUAGUCGAACAGGAGAUGGAAGAGAUUGAAUAUCCUGUCCGCCACGAAAUGGACUGGUUAAAUGAACAUAUGGCCGAGAUCUUCUCCAAAGGUCAAGCUAACUUCACGGACGUAUUCAAAACCCCAGGAAAGAUGAGAGGCAAGACUCCAAGGACCGCCCGCAAGCACAAUCUGGAAGAGAGCCGAAUGGUAAGUUUUAUGAGUCGUGUUGUGUGCGAUGCCGUUUUCCACUACACGAAGCUGACGGGAAAGCCCCAGCCUUUGAGCGAGAUAUUUUCUUCUUCUCAUAAGCAAGUGGAAAACAAAGCUAUCAGCCCCAGCCCUUUUAUUCACCGCGUGGUCUCAAAAACGACCACAAACUCUUCAAUAGCCCCGCCUCGACCAAAGGCUGCUGUCGAUGUCGCAUUGCAGCCUCAGUAUCCCGAUCUCAGUCAGAACCUCAACUCAUUCACUAAGUUCAACACGGAUUCCGGCUAUCAUGGAAUGGAAGAUGAUGAUGUCUUCCGAUCGGACACACAGCCUGAAACUCAACCAUCCACACUUCCAACGCAGAUCGAAGAACCAGCGUCGUCCUCGCACGUCGAUAUCUCUAUGAGUCAGCAAACAACUGAAGACUCAUUCCACUCCGCCCAGGAAAAUGUCCGCGCCCGUGGGGAAACUGUGGAGCCCGCCAAUGCUGAACCGACACCUACGCAGGAGCGAAAUGCCCCUGCGGAACCAAUCUCGAGGGAUCUCGAUACAGAAAUGAACGAUACCCCCAAGGCCAAGGCUCAGCCGAAACCCAAGGUCAAUUUAUCUUCGCGAAAUGACGAGCUGGCCUCAACUUUGCGCUCCUCGCCAACCAAGUCACCUGGUGCUAAUGUUACCAAAAUACAAGAGCCUGAAGAUGAAGAUGUGAAUAUGGAAGACCCCCACAAGGAAGACGCUGUUCUGGAUAACUUUGAUGAUAUCGGAUCCCCUUCCGACAACUCAACUCCCGAGCGACUUGAAAGAGUCCCGGUUCGCAAAAGCAGCCUCAGCUUUGCUUCUCUUCCCGCGCGGGAGCCCCUUACCAAAGCGAUGGGUGGCUCGCGAGUGUCUCGUACCAGCCAUAUUGACCUGCCAAAAAUUAAUAACACUUCCGGGCGUCCUAGCUAUCUCAACCGGCUCACCGGUAGCCACAAACCCACACAGGCGGCCCUCGAUGAUGACUCGGAUGGGAUGGAUAUCGACGUCGAGAAGGAAAGUGAGACUACGGUUAGAGGCCAUGGUAGCAAGACUCGCAACACAAGAACGACGCAGACCCUUCAUGAGAGAAUUAGCAUGCUCGGAAAACAUCAAGCUCCCCGACCGACAAAGUCUAUUUCUGCGGCAGGUGGGCUGUCAUCUGCCGGCCAGGUCGCCUACCCUGAACUACCUGCUGCCAAGGUUGACCCGGCGAGUCAAAGGCCUCGUGAGCCUUCCGCCUCCGGUGCUAAAGCUGAUGAGGAUGAUUGGAUCAAGCCCUUGAGCUCGCCACCGCGGCCUGUUCUUGCCAAGAGCAAGACUGCAGAUGUGAUGGAGAAACUGAUUGAUACUGAGAAAGAGCAGUCCGUUGGCAAGCAAGACCCGCGCGGCUUCAAGCAGCAAUCAGUUGAGCCGGAGCGGCCCAAAUCAUCAGCUUCCAUUUUUCCUCCCCUCGACCUAAUGGCCAUCAGCAAAGCGCUUCUGCAUCCAACAUUUUCGCAGGUGGAACCACAACACCAACUGGGUCCCCUCGCCGCUUUGAUGGGUCUCUUCACCAGCAGUGGCAGUUCCAUCAGACUGGAUGCAUCAUCGCCUGACCAACCCCGAGUGCAACCGAAGGACCGGGCAAGUGCUGACAAGGAAGAUGUGGAUAUGGACCGGCCUGAGUCUCAGCCGCGCCCGAAGUCGAGCCCUGCGAAACCGGAAACACGCCGGACGCGAAGUUCCACGGAGAAAGAACAAAAGCAGCGCCAGAAAGAUCUGGAAGACCGCCGGCGAGAGGAAGCAUUGCGACAGGAAAAAGCACGAGAGCAAGACAAACAGCGCGCUCUCCAGCAACGAGCCAUGCAGGAGAAAUCUUCCGUUGAACCUGAGGAGCGACCCGGAACCAGCUACAAGCCCUCGCAGUCUGUCAGACAACAGUCUCGCGAGCCGGAGUCAUCCAUUGACGAUUCAAGAAUUGCCCUUCCUCAGCCCAAGCAGAAUGAUCGACGGCCCAAGCCUACCCGUGAGCCAAUGCAAAAACCCAAGCCACAGCCGGUCUCGAUCCGGGUGGGCAGUACUCUUUCAAGGCCUAUGCCAGUGUCAUCUUCGAUCUCCUCAGGUGCCCAAGAAUCAAGUGCCCCAGCCCCAGUUGCUCCUCAGAGCACUUCGGCACCGAAACAACAAGGUCUGAAAAAGAAAGGCAGCAAUGCGUCCCUCCAGACGGCUUCGUCAACGAAUAGCUUCAAGAGCUCCGUCUCUAGCCAAACUCAGGCUCAACGAAAGGCCCAGCUCGCCAGUGAAAAGAAAAGAGAGCAGGAAGACCAAAAGGCUCGCCAAAGGGAGGAACAAAAGCGUGAGCAGGAGCGCAAGCGCCUUACCCAACAGCAACAAGACGAUGCCCGUCGCCGUGCCGAGGCUAAACGGGACCGACGUGACCGAGCAGCCCUGGAAGAUCCCAAAAAGGCAGCGCAGAAGCAGGCAAUUGAGCAACGGCGUUUGGAGAAUGCCCGUCGGCAGGAGAGACAGGGUAGUCAACAACCCAACAAUGAGGCACCGAUGUCCUAUCACGACAAGUCAGCUUCGCAGAGCUCACAAAACUCCCAGCGGAAUGAUUUGGGGGCAAAUCGCCCACCCUCUCGUCUGGGGUCAUCAGUGCAACCUUACGGACGAAUCAAUCCCCCUGCGCCUAACCCUGCUAGGCCUCCCAAGAGACAGCCCGAUGAAGACGCUGGUCAGCGCGCGGCUGUGCGCAAACCAAGCAAUGUUCAUGCUUAUGGCGAAGCUAAACGGCGGAAGACCGAGGAUGAACACAACCCUAUGCAGCAAGUACGACCCCCGAUGGCCCCCCCCGAUUCGCCACUCCAAUAUGCGCAAGGUAUGGUACGAAUGCUUACAACUCACCUGGAACAGAUCUCGACCCUCGGGCAGUCUGGAAUGCCACAUCAAGCCGGGUCGUCGGUCCUUCAGAGUGGACAAGCACAGCGGCCGACUAACGCGAUGAACAAGUUUGCGACCGGAAAGAUUCCGUUCGCAGAGCCCAAUGCUGUGGCUCCACCAGCCGCACACAAAGCUCCUCAGCGGGCCCCUGCUCCAGCAAAGGCAUCUCCCAAGUACCCUAGCGGAGAAAGCAUCCAUCUACCAGAAAUUGCUACCGAUAGCGAAGAUGAAGAUGACUCUGAUUCUGGGAUGUUUCCUGUGCCUCAAUGGGCGCAAACGAAGGAGCUGGAAAGACUGCUGCGCAUACAGGACGGGAUGGAGGUCGACUCGAUUUUCGGUCCUAUCGCCCCAUUCUCCCUGGAGGAGACCUUCAAGUCAGACAAAAAGAUCAAGAAAUAUCGCGACCGAACCAGCAGCGCCAACUGGUCUGGUCCAGAUGGUCUCACACAAGAGGAAAUUCGCAAAGAUGUCGCGGAUCGACAACGGCUCCGUCUGAAUGGCGGUUGGUCCUUCAACCCUGGGGCAUAA